AUGUAUUUAUAUAAUAGACAUUACUUUUUAGCACAAGGAGGAGUAAAUACACAAGUAUUGAUAAAAGAAUUAGGAACCAUUCAUUUGGGUGGACUUGAACAUCGACAACCUAUUCAAGAUACCAAUGUUGAAGGCUAUUUGGAACAAAAGAAUAUAGAGACUAUAAUGAAAAUUAUACAAGAUGAACGUCAAGAAAUUGUUGAUAAUACGAACGAUUCAUUUAAAAAGGAUAUAAAUGCUUACUGGGACAAUUUAUUAAAUAAUACAUUUAAAGUAAAUGAGGUUGAAGAAACUACAUUAAAUCUUUCAAAAGCUAAAUUUGAUCAAUCUCUUGUGGCUAAUGCUAUUGUUGGUAUUUAUGAUUAA